AUGGCUGCGGGGCAUUCGCAAGCCUUGUCUGAGAAUCCGUCUUCGCAUUUGCGGCUCGGAGAGUCCCUUUUUCCGCAGUCAUUUAAAAGGGAACUGGGAAAAUGCACCGCAGUGCCUGACACUUCCGAGGGCUCUGGUGCCCCCGCGCGGGGAGAGAGCGCCCGGCACGCUUGGGAGCACCAACCCACGGCCGCGGCGACGCCAGGCACUGCGCGAGGGGCGCUCUCUGGCUCCAGAUGCGCAACCCGCGGCGCCCGACGCGUGCGCACCCCUGCCCGACCCGUGAGCGGCUCACCAGCUCUCGCCAGCUUCCUCCCGGGAAAAAGGCUGGCAUACCUCCCCUCGAAAAAGGGCGACGGGGAUGGGAUCUCCUCCAAAAGAUAA